UCAAAGGAACAUGGCAAGUGCGUAUCAAAUUUCCCCAGUACAUGGUCGUUUGAGUAAAUUCCGUUGUCCAACAUGUACAAGUUUAUCAAAGAAAAUCUGGGGAUCUCCCACCAAAACGACUCCAUUCUUCCAACAAGUGGAUCUCCUUACUCGCCCUUUGGCUCUGAUGUAACAGCUAAUUCCAGCUUGAGUCUCGACACAACCCCUUACACCGGAAGCGAGGAAACCAGUAAAAAACAGCCAUCCUCUCUGCCUAACGCUAGAGCCGCUUCCAACUCCUUACCUCGUAGUAUGCCCAAGAGAAAAAUCAGUCCGACGUUCUCUCGAAGUAGCACUCUUCCGACUACAAAGGAGUUGAAAAUGUCUAUGUAUCUGUCCACCCGAGCCGAGAUGGAACCACUUAAAGACUACGUUACCGAUCUCUCAACUUCUUACGAGUCUAUAGUCUCCUCAGAGGGCACCUUUACUCGAGCUGGACCCAAAGUGUCGGAGUGCAUUAAGGAACUGGAGGUACAAGCUAACAAUGCGCUGGAGGAGAUCAAAGAUCUGACUGAACAGAGGGAGGCGCUGGAUGAUGCCAGACAGCUGGAGAAUGAUCGAAAACAGGUCAAAUACCUGGGCAAAUUCCUUCAUAAAAACUAUGAUCUGACUUUGGAGACAUUAAACUUGAGGACCCGGUACUUGUCUAUUAAGUUUGCUUUUUUGAAUGGAAUGAUCGAAAAACUGGUUAGCUUAGACUCAACGAUGAUCGCUCCAUCUUACCUUCGGAUGAAAACGUUUAACGACUGGCUCAAACACUCACAAAUUAUAGACGAAAUCCAGGACAAAAUGCUCCAGGUCAAGACCAAAAAAAUCAGACUGAAACGGAUGUUUCUGCAAGCUUACUUCAAGGAUAGCACCAUUAUGAACGAAUUUGAUCAUCCCAUAAUGGAACGUCCGGAUUUCAACAGCUUCAAACGGAUAAGCAUCCGUCUACAGUCAGUUUCUCACGAUAUGGUAUUUAUGAAGAGUGACAUCAACAGUAUACAGCAGCAGCUGACCCAGAUACUCAAAGACAAUCAAACGGACCACGGUAUCGACGCGCUUGGCAGUCUACUAAAAGACCGUAAAUCAUUCGAGAACAGGAAGAUAGACGAAUAUGUGAAAGAAUGUCUGGAAUGCGAACCAGUAGAGGACAGAGCGGAUGAGUGGACGAGUAUCCUGGUAUUUGAAGACAAUUGUACUGAACCAUACUCGGAAUCUAUCCCAGGAGCCAACCCGUCCAGGUACCAAGAAUACGUGAGUGCGAUGACUCUAUACAUUUGUGACAAGCUGAAACACGCAGGGAUCAUGGUGGACCCCAUCAACGUGUUCGGCACUUUGGAACAGCGCAUCCUACCCAGGAUCUUCUCCCAAGCAAUGGGAACAGUAACAAAACCCAACCUGGACGGUUUCAUCUACGACAAGUGCAAGAGACUAAGUGGGUACACCCAGCAGCAGAUAGGAGUCCCAACUCAGUUUGUGGAGACGAACACGCUGCCCUACUACAGCGCCAUAUCACGCCUCAAGAGUCUGAUCUUCUCCAUGACGCCCACUAAAAUAAUGCAGGCUAUCAGUUUCGCUGCUACUGAUAUCCACAAGCAUAUGGUUAGAAUUUGCUCUGAUAACGCCGUUGGUGCUGAUGCUUUCCUUCCUAUCUGGGUGUACUGUAUCAUUAAAGCUAACAUUCCAAACCUGGCGACCUUGGUUAACUUUCUGAAGGGCUAUCUCAAUCCUGAUCUAAGAUAUUGUGAGAUUGGGUAUUACGUGACCUGCUUGGAAGGUGCUUGUGUCUAUAUCCAGGAGUUGACGGAAAUAGACUACGUCAGUGAGAAACGGUAUUUUGUAUUUGAUACAGAGAGGUACACAGGGGAUCUGAGUAAAAAGGCUCUCUUUCGUUAUAUUGAAGAUCACACUAUAACUGGCUACAAACUCUUCUUGAAGACGGACUUUCUUAACAAGAGCCACAAGCUGUACAAGUGUGCCCUGGUGUACACGGGCGAGACCACGGACAUGGUCCAGGGCGGGGUGGUGGCACCAAGUACAGAUAUUACCAACGUUCAAGUGGAACACCUCGGGAGACUGAUGAGCACCAACGAUCACGUGAUGGUUCAAGUUGAGGAAGGGUUGAUGUCAGUGGCAGUGGCGGAACAGGAAGAAGACAAAACGAAAGAAGAGGAAAUAAACAGUGAAUCUAUUGACGACACCGGUGCGCUCAUGAAAGCUGUCAGAAGACUAUCCUCGGCGGCGUACGAUAUGGUGACCAUGAUAUCAGAACCAGAGUCAAGCAAGAUGCGGGAUGGAGGGUGGCUGGAACUCAAGGCGGGAAACUUCACCACAAUGAGAGAUAAGCUGCAGAUUGUGGUGUCGCUGGGUAGGGUUGGGGUCUGGACCCCCGAGGAGAAGGAUGACUUGUUGGAGAAACUGGCAACCGGGGCUAUUGAUAAUCUUCCUGAAUCUACUUAUGCUAGAAUAGCAAUAAAGUACGGGUUCUAUCUGAAGAACGAUGCUGGAAUCACGAGAUUUUUGUGCGAAGUACAACUGUUGCUGAGACAUCUUCACUAUCAUUCGGUGUUUUCGGAAAUAAAUGGCGUUUUGUCAGAACUCACUUCGACUUCAAUUCUCACUUUUCAAAGGCAGCUCAAUAUCGGGGGAGAGUAUGUGGGGAAAUUGCCAGAAACAGGAGUGCUUUGUAAGGAAACGUAUGGCAGACUCCGGGACAUGUUGAAACGAAUACUACAAGAUUUAAAGAAGCUAGGUUACCAGUUGGGAUUCGACCCACUUUUGAACCAAAAUGCAGACAAAAUGAUAAGUUUUAUCACUCAAAUUCAGGAUGACUUUCGACUCGGAUUGUACGUGCGAGGGAGUUUCUGCACGAAGACGAGAGCAGCGAUACACAGACAUUUGUACGAAUCUGAAGUGGCAGCCUGGUGCCAUCCCUACAAACCUCUCUCCUCUACCUUGUCUACUGAACAUUUAUCUGUCAAGUCUGAAAAACUUAGUCCCAGUAACUCCUCAACUGUUAUAUCAAAUACGAACACCAAAGAGCAACAUUCUUUUUUGCCAGGUCUGUGAACAGUGUAGUUAAGAUGCAAUCCCGUACCCCAUUACAUAUCUUAGUUUAAAGACUGCUCUAUCAAGAAGAAAAAUGUAUGACAUAAGUUUGACUGCUCUAAUAGUUCAAUGAAUUUUGUUAAUAUAACUACAAUUAUUGUCAAUUGAGAACUGAUCUAUCAUUUAAAAGUAUUCUAUAGUUUGG